AGCACGCUACUACCACAGUGAGCCCUCGCAGUUGCAGAUAACAGCGUCCCUCCUUAUCCUAAGCCCAACGCCCCGUCUCCGACUCCCCGUGCCGUCCCGAGUCUCGCCCUCGAAGCAGCCAGCCAUGGCGUCGGUGCACCUGACCGGGCCGCGGGUGGCGGUGGCCGCGAAGCCGGCCGCGCUGGGCGGGCUCCGCCUGCCGACGCCGUCGAUUGCCGUGCCGAGCGGGUGGAGGGCCCGAGGGCUCGUGGUGAGGGCCGCCACGGUCGUGUCACCCAAGUAUACUUCCAUUAAACCAUUAGGAGACAGAGUACUUGUGAAGGUCAAGACCUCCGAGGCUAAAAGUGAUGGAGGGAUUUUACUUCCAGUAUCAGUUCAGACAAGACCACAAGGAGGGGAAGUUGUUGCUGUUGGAGAGGGGAGAAGUUUUGGGAGUAAAAGCAUUGAGAUCAGCGUUCCGAUUGGUGCGCAAGUUGUCUACUCAAAAUACGCGGGCACAGAAUUGGAAUUCAAUGAUGCUGACCAUCUUAUUUUGAAAGAAGAUGACAUCAUCGGUAUUCUCGACGGUGAUGAUGUGAAAGAUCUGAAGCCGCUGAAUGAUCGCAUUCUGAUUAAGAUUGCUGAAGCUGAAGAACAAACUGCUGGUGGUUUGCUAUUGACGCAGGCAACUAAAGAGAAACCUUCUGUUGGAACAGUGGUAGCCGUUGGCCCCGGGCCAUUGGGCGAGGACGGCAGCAGGACUCCCCUGUCCAUCACUCCUGGAAGCAACGUGAUGUACACCAAGUAUGCGGGGAGUGAGUUCAAGGGCGCGGAGGGCGAGUACAUCGUGCUCAGGGCAUCCGACGUGAUGGCCGUUCUUUCCUAACGGCUAACGGCUAACGCUCGUGCAAAAAGAGAAAUUUUGAUGGUUUAGGCCGGACCUUGUCGUUCAUUUGUGCUUGUUUGGAAUUGUUCCCGUACUUUAGCUUGGUGGAAGCUUUUGAACUGUUGUAGUUUGGUGCAAACGCUACGGAAAAAUAAGAUGAGUUGCUUAGACUUGAGAUA